AUGCUCGCCUAUGAGCCUGUGAAUCAUGAUGUUAUGCAAUACACCUUCCUUAAUCGUGGAGAAUCAGAAGAAUCCGGAUUUGGAACGUCGUCAUGGAGAGGCGAUCACGUCAUUCUCUCAGAAAACAACUGGAACGGCGAAAACAAACGUGAUUGCUCUAGAAGCGGCUGCGUUGCGGCGUUGGCGCCGGAGCACGUUAUUCCCUUCCACGAGCAAGCAAAGGAUUACAGUAGCAAGGAAUAG